UUAGAAACCAUGCAAAACCAAAGCUUCAUAACUGAAUUUGUCUUCGUGGGGCUUUCACAGAAUCCUACUAUUGAGAGAAUAGUAUUUGUUGUGUUUUUGUUGGUCUACAUUGUGACUAUGGCAGGCAACAUGCUGACUGUAGUGACCAUCUUCUGUAGCCCUGCACUGCUGGGCUCCCCCAUGUACUUUUUCUUGGCCUUCCUGUCCUUGCAGGAUGCAGGUUUCUCCUCUGCCAUCACACCAAAAAUGAUCGCAGACUCCCUGUAUAAGCAGAAAACCAUCUCUUUUAAAGGAUGCAGGAUUCAACUCUUUGCUGGACACUUCUUUGGUGGGGCAGAGAUGAUUACACUCACGGCCAUGGCCUAUGACCGCUAUGUGGCCAUUUGCAAGCCCUUGCACUACUCUGCCAUCAUGAACUGGAGGCUCUGUUGCAUUUUGGUGGGGGUGACCUGGACAGGGGGCUUCUUCCAUUCCAUAAUACAGAUUCUCUUUACCUUCAAUUUGCCCUUUUGUGGGCCUAAUGUCAUCGAUCAUUUCAUGUGUAACUUGUACCCACUAUUGAAGCUGGCAUGCACUGACACUCAUGUCUUUAACCUUUUGGUGUUUGCCAACAGUGGAUUAAUCUGCAUCAUCAACUUCUCCUUGUUGCUUGUCUCCUAUGGUAUCAUCUUGUUCUUCCUGAGAACACACAGUGCUGAGGGGCGGAGGAAAGCUCUGUCCACCUGUGGAUCUCACAUUACUGUUGUGGUUUUGUUAUUUGUCCCAUGCAUCUUUAUAUAUGCACGACCUUCAUCUUCCUUUCCCUUUGACAAAGAAGUAGAAAUAGUUUACACCAUCCUAACUCCCUUGCUCAAUCCUUUAGUUUAUAUUUUAAGAAACAAGGAAGUGAAAAAUGCCAUGAGAAAAAUGUGGAAGAGAUUGGUGGUGGUUUUUAAGGGAAAAUAA